GUGAAUCUCUCCACGAUGUACAAGUGCACUAUUUGCGGUCUUAAGAAGUCGGAACUGGGCAGUAAUCCUGAGUUUGAGUUCCGGCGUCGACGACAUCCAACUGAGGAGUCACAAGUCGAGGGCAUGUCGGACUGGUGCAGUAAAUGUGAAGCUCUGAGGUUCUUCUUCAAAUCCGACGUUGCUAAGAAUCCAGCACAGCAUCUGGAUGAACAGAAGCCAGAGAAGAGAUUGUCAAAUCAUGUGUUGGAGACCACCAUAAAGUGCUGGUCAGCAAAGGAUCGCCAAUCGAAAGGAUACAAGGAUGUUGGAAAACAACAUCGAGUAACUCGCCAUGAUGCACAUAAGGUAAUGAUGCAAGAGAUUAUGAACGGAUUACCAUCCCAACUGCCGCGAGGUUCCAUGUGGGAGCGCAAGGUGCGAUCCUUAAGUGAGGACCGUUCCCGACGUCGUGAAAAGGUUAAUCCCGCCAUCGGAAGGCGCUCGAGAUCUGUGGUUAAUGAUUCAACACAACAAAGAGCGAAGAUGGCCAAACAACAGGCCGAGAGUCACAGACGCCAUAUUAGGGAUAUUGCGAAACUAGAAGCCUUGAAGCCUGUUCAACAUGUUAACCUGGACUUCCCAACCGCCAAAAUCAUUGAGGUGCAGGAACUCGAUGAAGAUGAUAAUGAUACCUCUCUUAACUCAAGUCCUAGACCUAAGAUUAGAUUGCCUUUUGACAAGGAGCAGCUAGAGGAACUGAUGAGUCCCUGGAGGGAAGACGUGCAAAAGCGGGUGAGCGAGAGUUCAAAAAAGAAGAAAACCAAAGAACACCGUGGCAAGGACAAUCGUCAGCCUGAGACAGCUGCCAACAGGCAGCGGCAUUGUGGAGGAGUCACUACAACCAUGAAGAAGUUGACCAAGAAUGAAAUGUCACGAAUGAUGCACGAAUUGCAGGAACAGGAAAAGAAGCAGAAGCUGAAAACGAAGCUCAAGGAGAAAAAGAAUCUGAUGAGCGAAUGGAAACGCAUUCGACGCUGUGUCGAUGAUGAAUGUGUCCGUGUCAAGACGGAGCUGAAUGAGCUAAAGCUCCAGGCGGAUCUCGAUAAAGAAGGACACAGACGUCACAAGCUGGACGGGAGGAAAGAUCGCAUAAGGGGUGGAGCACAUAUAUUGGUACUAAAUCCAAACGAUGAACAGCAAAUUGAGAGAAUGAAGGAGAAAACCAUUGGAGAUGCGUUGGAUGAGAAAAUUGAACAUAUGCUGGAUGCGCUGCAGGAGAAUAAUAAACAGAUCGAAGUGACUACAGAGCAGGAAGAAGAGAUUGUUGAACCCACAGCAUCACCAGCGGAACAAAGCGACGAUGAGAAUAAUAUGCUUAAAGCAACCUGCGAAAUUACAAAGAUCUCUCCAACCAGACCCAAACGUGUUCUCAGCAAACUGAAUAUACUGAUGUCCACAGUGCAGCGAGCCAGAUUCUGUGGCUUUGCCGAGGAUCCCCAAGAGCUAUUGAAACGCCUAGAUGAAUCGGUGCUCAAGAAUGAUCCUCCACUUCCGCAGUUCGAAACAAUGCCAUGUGCUCGCCAGGAUCUCGUUAAUCUGCUGCACAUCAAGCGGGAGUUUCUGCUACCGAAUCAGAUACGUCCAUUGAAGGUUUGCCGUUCACCCAUUUACUGUCCCGAUAGUGACUGCAGACGCAUGUUCUUCAUCUCGGACUUUAAUGAGCAUCUAACCCAUGAGCAUCCAUCGCUGGCCAUGGAACGCAUUGCACCGUGCCAGGCCAAGACCUUCUUUAUGGACACAAAUAUCACGCUGUUGGACAAGGCCAAGUGCAACAUGGUCUACUUUAUCAGGGACAAAUUCAUUGAUAACACUACCAAUAAUCAUCCCGAUCUGAUUCCUGUUUUGGUUAUGUCUGCACGCUUACGUCUCCACGAACUCUUUACUCCCAACUAUGAUCCAAGCUCUCAGCUACGUCCUAAUCCACACUUUGGCCCCGACAGCGAAAUCUUUCUCAUCUGGCUGACAAGUCUGCGUCCGGAUGAUACCAAAAUUAUGGGCACCAUAUCUGUCUGGCCAACGAGCAGCAAUCCCUUGGUCGAGCAUCUUUUGGUCCAUACCAACGAGGUCUACAACAUUCGUUCUAGCCAAAAGCUGAAGAACAUCUACAACAGCAAUCGCAUUGUGGUUCUAUCUGGCAAUUUGGUUAACCGUAUGACCAAUGGUGGGAAAAACCUUUUGGCCGUUCAGGUGCUAAUCCAUUAGAAAGAUUCCCUUUCGAAAUAUUUUGUAAUCGAAAUUUUAAUUGUGUGAAUUUUAAAAUAAAUUUUUGAUUGAUAUAUUUGAUAUAAAUUA